AGCCGCUGCUCAGGUGUUCCCGCCAAGCUCUGUGAUUGGUUGGUUUUGACAAGCGUCUUUUACCCGCCAUUUCUCCCUCUAGUCGAUUAUAUACACGUUAGUGCGCCCCUAGCCAGCCCAGGCAUGUCAGACCACGAGACCAACAAGGAGAGGGACGAGAUGGCAGAAGAUUCAGUAAAGUCAGAGGAGGAGAAGCCUGAGGAGAAAGAGGAAAAGAACAAGGAACCUGCCAAGAAAGAAGAGGUCCCAGAAGAAAGUAAAGAAACAGAAACUAAAAAGGAGAAAGAAGAGGAAGAUGAGGAGAAGGAGAAGCCCGAGGAAGCAAAUGAAGUGAAGGUGGAAGAAAAGGAGGAAGCGCCGAAAGUGAAGAAGAUGAAGCAGAAGAAGGAGGAUGCGCCGGCAAAGGAAGUCCCGUCCACUCCCAAAAAAGAAAGUGAUGUCCCACUUUACGAUCAGCCACUGGAGAUGAGUGGCAAGAGGGACAGGAAAAAAGUGGAGCGGUUUGUACAGGAGACGAAGAAGGAGGAACUCAAUGUGACGGGCACUGGCGUUCCCCUCGGAGACAUUCCCUUCAUAGAUGCUAUGAUCUCGAAAAUGUCGGCGGAUGAGCUGAAGAUCCUGCACAGAGUGGCAUACAACAGGCCUGGCAGCGGCAACGAAGUCAAGAAAAACCUCCGCAAGUUUAAUGGUUUCCCGUAUACUAAAGAAGACAAGAAGUACCAGAGCAAAUUCACCACAGUGGAAAGAAUACUGAUGUCAGACCUUAAGAAGAUGCUAAUGAUUCUGGGCCUGGAGCGGUCGGGGAACAAGGGGGAGGUGACGGAGAGGCUAAUGACGUUUAUGAUGCAACCGGAAGACUCAGGGAAGAAGCCUCCCUCUGCUGGCAAGAAGGGGAAAGGCAGAGGAAGACCGACCAAAAAGAGUCUAGAGAAGAAGCAGAACAACACGUCCCAGGAUGAGUCGGGAAGCUCCAGGAGUGACAGCAAUCAGUCCGCAUCAGAGCAGGAGGAUGAGGGGGAAGAUGAGGAGGAGGAGCCGGAGGAGAAGCCCAAGAAGACACCUGGUAGGAAGCCAGCAGCAAAGAAGACACCAGCCAAGAGAACCCCAGCAGCCAAGAGAACGCCAGCAGCCAAAAGAGCCAAACCAGCAGCGUCUGAUGACUCGGACUCGGAUGAUGAACCCUUGGCCAAGAAAGUGAAGCAGCCGCCCUCAGAUGCAGAGCUGAAGGUGAUGGUGAAGAAGAUCCUUGAGGGUGCCAACCUGGAGGAGGUGACCAUGAAGAGUGUGUGUCGCCAGGUGUAUGACAGCUAUCCAGACUUUGACCUCACCCACAAGAAACUUUUCAUUAAGGAAACAGUUAAAUCAAUAAUCUCGUGAUAUGGCAGCGUUCCACCAAUAUCUAUAGUACAAAUUGUUCAUACAUUUUUAUAAUUUUAAUAUGAAAAAUCAUAAACUGUACUAAUGAGAACAGUGAAAAAAAGUAUUUUACUGAUACUUGAAGUAUUGCAGAUUAUCUAGGCUAAAUAGUGGCACCAACAUUUGUUGUCCUAAUUUUUUGUUAGUGUGGCACAAAUUUUUAUGCAUCUUCACACAACUGCUACAAUUGUGUGAUGUUCUCUCAUUGUUUCUUUUUAUGACAAGUUAUUUCUUUUUAUGAACAUUUUUUUAGUUUGCAGUUAUUGGUUCACUGGACCCAUUAAUGCAUUAUCUUCACCUGAGAUCCAAAUUAGGAAGCAGAUAGAUAUUUAUUGAAGUGAGAAAUUCAUACAUACACCAAGUAUAUGUAUGUGUCACUGUCAGCCACUCAUUGAUUUGAAACCUUGGGCUGUGUUGUAUGAAAGGAUGUGUGAUGCCCCAUUGUCCCUUCUCAGUUUGCUCUUCACCUUACUUCUCGUAGCUGACCCAGCACUGGAUGAGGAACAAAGACUUGUUUUGAGCCAGUCAGUGUCUUACUCAGUUACUCCAAACCUCAGCAAUUCUCAGUUAGGAAAGUCACUGAACUAACCAUUGUCUUAAUUCCUCAAUCACCUGCAGUCUUACUAUGAGCCGGUGUCUUACUUUAUCUGCCGAUUUCACAUUUGUAUGAAUUCCAUGUUACUGUUACUGUUACCGUCUCACCACCCAUACCAACCUUGCUGACUCCUGUUCUUGGCCACUGCCUGACCCACUUCCCUCCUCAGGCAUUUCUACCCCUGCUCUCAAUCCAUGUUGGAUCCGCUGUCUUAUCUCACCAACUUAAACACUAAAGCGGAUAUCACACGUGCACUUUUUCCUGCAAUAUUGUGUCAUGCGAUAUCAUUUUCGAAGAGAUGCCACAGAAGAACUGAGAUUUUGCUUGAUGUGUCCAUGGAAACUGUCGAAAACUCAUGAAUUUCCUGCGAUUAGGAGAAAGUCAUUGAAAGUCUGUAGUGAAUAUACUGUAUUACAAUUAUUCUGUAGUAUAUUAUCAUUUAAUUUGUCACUACUUGAUUAUGAAAAUUUUAUCCCUUUAUCUUAUAUAGUACAUGUACUGAAUUUAACUGUUAAGUGACCAUGGAAGAUUGAUUUGAUUUUGUGGUUUGUUUAUGUUCUGCUUUUGCCUAUCAUGGCAAUACUGCCUCGAAUCAAACCAAGAGAUCAUUGGCUGUUGCAUUACCACCCAUUAUGACUCCACUUACUUGGGAAAGACACCUUGAUUGAGUUGGUUCUGGCCCAGCCACCACUGUGGAACAUCUUGCAUCCCAAUUGUACUUCCUCAUCUUCUAGAGGCAGCAACCUGCUAUACUGGCUGCUUUUUUCUCUUCUAGCUAACCAUUUUCGUGUCCACAUCCUCCUCCAUGUAGUGUAGUGGUUAGCACGCUCGACUCACAACUGAGAGGGCUUGGGUUCGAAUCCCAGGAAGCAGCGAGGCAAAUGGGCAAGCCUCUUAAUGUGUAACCUCUGUUCACUUAGCAGUAAAUAGGUACAGGAUAUAACUGGAGGCGGUGUGGCCUCGCUUUCCCAAUGUGUGAGGUGUGAUGUGGUCUCGGUCAUACCCAAAGAUUGGCCAAUAUGAGCUCUAGGCUCUUUCCAUAGGGGAAAGGCUGGCUGGGUGACCAUCCAUGCUUGGUGAUUUAGCUUCUGCUGUGUUUGUUUUGUUGUCCCGCUGCCACUUAUGGCGUUGUUAUCUUGAUAUGUCGUGUGCUAUUAUUUCAUGCGACGUCUUGUCCAACAUGCUGUCACAUGACGUGAUUUCGCAGGAAAAGAGCGACCGUGUGAUAUGGGCUUAAUCCAAUAACUGACUUGCUGUUUUACUCUCUCAGCCAUUUAUAUAGCCUUAGGAAAAUCCUCCCUGUGUGUAUCAUGCAAUAUUUGUAUAAAACACAACACAGUUUUUGCAUACAUUGUUAGUACUCGUAUGUUACCUUACUUACCCACCCACCUGCCCACCCUCACACAUUAUUUUUUACCAGAUUAGAGACUAUUUUUACACUUACAACUAGAUUCCUGAAGCUGUACCUAAGCCAUGAACCAGCUUGACUUGUAGACAUGCUUGCAGUGCCCCAAGCUGAGUGCUACUUUGGAAGGGUAAUGCAUGUAAUGGCUUGUAUGUAGUCAAUGCUUAGGUUGCGUUUACACCAAGCAAAUCAAAUUGAUUCAGUUCAUGAAGAAUCAACAUUGCCACAUUAGUUUCAAUGUAACUGUUUACACCUACGCUUCCUCAGCCACUGUAACACUGCUAUUUCUGCAAAAAAGCUAAUACGUCCAUACUUCCUAAAGUCUACCUUGGUACUGAAUGGUCUGAAUGAUCUUAAUGAUGUUAAUCAGCCGGUUGGAACUAUGCAGAUUCAAAAUCACUUGAUUCAAAUAAUUCUUCAUGAAUUGAAUUGACUCGAUUCAUUUGGUGUAAACGAACCCUUAUUCUCAGCUUCCCUGUAACCUAUGCUCAUUUAUCUCUCCUGUCAUCAGCUCCUCAACUUUUAUGUUAUUUUCUUUAAUGACAAAAAUGUUAUUGUACUAAUAAGAUGUGGAGUUGAAUUGUGAUUAUCUUUUAAGUCCUUGAAGUGUUUUGUAUUAGGUUCCUAAGUCCCAGCCUAUGCAUUAUGUGUUGAAUCAGUCAGGUAAUAAACAGUUGCCAUAACACUAUCUACUAUCUUUGUUAUCACAGAGCAUUACUUCAUUCUAUAAAGUAUAAAGUUUGAAGCCUAUUGAGUUUAUAGUUGUUGUUCACAUUCUCCAAUUAGUGUCUUAUUAUUGUCAGCCGUGGUUUAAUGAGAGCUCAUGCACCACCUACACCAAAACUAACUUAAGUAGAACAUAUAUUUUUGUCCCCAACUACAUGCCGAAUUCUUAUCUGCAGCCCCUUCAGGGGGUUGUGCAUCACUUUGAAUUAGGGUAACGAAUUUUGAUAGGGAAGGGGGUUGUGUACUGAAAUACGGUGUGAUUAUCGAAUUGACAUGAAUUUGUAUGUAAGUGGUUUAUUUAUACUAUUCUAGUAAUUAUUUAAAAUUUUUUACAUGGAAGAAUGAUUGAUUGCUUUCUAGCAAUAACGAGAUAUUUAAAUAUGCAAUGGUUAUAUCAAUAAAGAAGUGGUAACAUUGUAUGUGCACUUCCAAACAGUACAUUACCUGUUUGUUACUGCAAGGAUUGGGGCUUGUGACCCUGUGUGAGAAGCAAGUGUACAGACGUGUGUGUUAUGCUGUGAGAUGUAGUGUUAAUAGAGGUAGGGUUCAAAUAAUUCAGCAGAUGUAUAGUUGUCAACCUUCAUGACUGGUAAAUACCAUACCCAACCUCUUUUUGUACCAGAUAAGAACAUACUAAGUGUAAGAUCCUAAUAAAUUAGACUUAGAUA